GGAUGUCUGGUUCAGCACACCCAGACUUGAUUGGCCAAAGCAUUCUUACAGAACAGUGUCUAAAAGGUCAUUCCCAACCCUUUCUGAUAUUGACUAAGACCUCAGUAUCUCCCAGUAGCACUUCUUCUGGAUCUGAAUUCAAAUGUCACUCUUAACAUUUCUGUUGAUGCUUCUUUGAAAAUUUUCGCUUGAUUUUGACUGUUAAUCACCUACCCUGUUCAAUGCUGUUUAAUCCCAAAAAUGUAAGUUGAGAUGAGGUGUCUUCUGUGUCUACCCCAUUGCACUCAACUGAAUAGAAAUAUUUGGGUUUAGAACAUCUCAAAUUUGAUUGGUGGGAAAGUCAGGACCUCGUGGGAAAAAGAGAUUGAGAAAGUGGGUAGAAUGUCCUUUAGAAUUUUGUUGCUCCAUUUAAACCAGGUGUAUUGUGACAUGAACAUGACUUUCCUAAAGUGGAAGGAUCUGUCCCCACCUUCACCCAAUCCUUAGGACAAGUAUAAAGGGGCAUUCUGGCACUUGGCAUAACCUAUGCCACGAUGGUGAGAUAAUGUGAAAAAGUGGUAUCCUCUGAUGUCAGCGUAUUAGUCUCAGUUUACAAAGUACUUAAUAAAACUAACUACUGUAAAACCAUGAAUCAUUUCUUUAGAGCAACAGGCAUUUGAUGUGUGCUUACAUUUUCCUUACGGGACAUAGGGUGUGGAGUGUUGCUGCCAGAACUGAUUGGAUUGUGUGUCUGGAUCUAAACUACUGAUAGUCUGAAAUUCCAACAGAAGAAAUCCUGGACUAGGGACUGUGUGGCUCAUGCUCAUAGCCUGGCCUUGUCACUAAUAGAAAGCUGGAGAACCAGGAUUCCCUUCAGGUCACUAGGGCAACAGGCCCAAGUAACCAGUCAACUGCCAGGACUAGGGUCAUUGUUGGAUGCCUAAAUGUUGCUAUGACUACUGAAACCUUGGUGACCAAACUAAACAGAAAGGAGAGCCUUCCCAGUGUCCCUAAACUUAGCAAGCAUGUCUGUAGUAGAUAUGUCUGCAGAAAAAAUGACAAAACUAGAAGAGAAUUUGCAAAGAGCCGUGGCACUUAAGAAGACUGUUGACAGGUGGCGGAAUUAUCAUGUUCACUGUAUGUGGCAGACGACAUUGGACCAACGGAGAAACAUAUUUGCUGCCCUAAGGAUGAAGGAUACUAAGGAACAGGAACUAGCACUGUCUAACAAACAGCUACUAGUGGUCCGUCAAGCUGCAUUACACGAGCUGUUUGAAAAGGAGUAUCAGCAGUACCAGCAGGAACUCAAUCAGAUGGGCAAAGCUUUUUAUGAGGAAAGACUCUGACAGCUGCCAAGACACUGUUCUUCCACCUCAUCAUGCCUGCUAAGCAAGCCUUCAUGCUUUACCCUGAGCUUCCCAAAACACACCUGGACCUGGAACUUAAAUCUUUUUCACAAUUUUGUCAACCUAAGUGUUGCCUCUGGACACAAGAGUGACACCUUGUGGUCAGUGUGGGGUAUGCACUGUGGCAGGAAGAGAGAUUAUAUACAGUGUCUGGUUUUUAAAAUCUGAUUUGGUUUAACAAAUAAAGCUAGCUCUUAAAGGUUCAGAUUUGGGCUAGUGAGAUGGCUCAGCAGGUAAGAGCACUGACUGCUUUUCAGAAGGUCCUGAUUUCAAAUC